AUGACAAAUAAAUUGCCUAUUCCGCGAAUACCGCACGAAAGACGGGCGGCUAGCGGGCGACGCAUUAGUCGCGCUUGCGACGCGUGCCGAGCACGGAAAGCAAAGUGCGACGGCAAUCGACCACGCUGCGCACAGUGUACUGCUCAGGGUCUCGACAAAUGUUUAUAUUCGGAUAGAAAACUUGUCAGGCUCCAAAAGGACUUUGAGUCGGAACAGGGGAAGAGGGAAGCAUAUGAAGGAUUUCUUCGAGACUUAUCUGUAGAAUUCGAAGGUCCCAUCGCGGAUCGUAUCGACAAAUUCCUAAAGACUGGAGAUUCAAAACACAGGAGACAGAACUCUAAUGCCUCAUCUGCAUCGUCUAUGGGCUCUCUUGAUGAUGUUGAUGUCGCUAGCGAAGAUUUUAAUCGGGACGAGAAGAGUCGGGCAACUGGCUACAUGGGAAAAAACUCUGAGGUUGUAUGGAUGCAGCGGCUGGGUCUUGAAGCAACGAGGCAAUAUGACGACAAAAUCACGCAGCCUCAAUCCUCACUGCAAUGCGUGCCGCAUGACUCGUUGUCGUCAACAAAUUACCAUCUUGAUGACAGAAGCUUGAGAAACCGAGCUGUGCCGAAUGCGUUUGCUUUACCGUCAAAAGCUCUAUCAGAUGAGCUAUUCCGCGUUUACCUCGACAAGGUGCAACCCUCCCUACCAUUAAUUCGACGAGACCUAUUUUGUGCCCAAUACGACCAUUGCUACCUAGAUAGAUUGAAUCCGGGUCGGAAGUGGCUUGCAAUCUUGAAUAUUAUCUUUGCCAUCGGAUCUGCUAUCUUGCGAUUGUCUGGAGAAGAAGUUCCAGACAUCAGCGAGGACGUUUUCUUUACCCGGGCCAAACUACUCAGUGUCUCGGAAAAUAUGCUUUACCAGCAUGACGAUCUGCAGCAAGUGCAAUUUGAGUCGUUGAUGGCUUUCUAUUUCCUCACCAUAUCACAGAUAAAUAGAUCGUGGAAAAUGAUUGGAAUCGCUGCACGGUCUGGAAUUUCCUUGGGAAUGAAUCUUCACAAAAAGCACGAUGGGCUUGACGCCGAUUCUGAGGAAGCCCGCAAGCAGCUUUGGUGGUCAAUAUUCCGCUUGGAACAUCUCCUCUCGGUUAUGACUGGAAGAGUCUCUUGUAUUGGAUCAGCCUCCAGUUCCUUGCCUCCGCCACUACCACUUCCUAGCUUGGCUCAUACCGGAUUUGUUGGCCAACAGAGAGAUGAUGUCACGCAUUCGCAACUCCGUAAUCUAUGCUGGACAAUGCAAACAAAUCCAAAGAUCACGGAUAUUCACGACAAAUUACUCAAGACACUACAUCCGAGUCCAUCUCUCUAUCACUUUUACAUGGUCGAUCUAUCUCUCAUCGCUCACGCCAUCAGCAGUGGCGUCUAUUCAACCCAAAGCAAUCGAAUAGAUUGGGGCAGAAUUGAGAACCGAAUAUCAGUAUAUAACAAAAGGAUGGAUCACUGGGUAUCUCGGUUAAACCCUGCCUUUCACUUCCAAGACAACCAUGGCAAUCUCCUCCACACGAUUGAAUCGGCGUUCCAAAUAUCUCUGGCUAUGAGCUAUUACAGCACUCGAAUUAUUUUGAAUCGGCCUUGCCUGAACCGUCCUGCUUUCGAAAAAGCGGGGAAGGCGUCUGGCAAACGGUUACCCCGCUCGAGAUUUAGUAAUCUCUCAGCCUUAGCUUGUCUUCAAGCUUCUCUCGCCAUCAUCAAAUUGCUACCUGAUCAAGUGUCAUUGAAGUGGUCUUAUGAGCUGCUUCAGUGGUGGGAUUUUGUCCAUGUCCUCACACAAGCUACCGUAAUCCUACUACUCGAUAUAUCAGUUGGACCGGUACCAACCAAGCUUGGAGAAGCUCACGUUGUUUCUGAACCAACCGGAGACGUUUUGAAAGCAGCGAAGAAAGGUAUUCGAUGGUUGCAAUGCCUAGGAAACACCUCAGGCGCUGCUUAUCGUUCUUUUGAAUUUGCCAAUAAAUGUAUCCACAGCCUCACAGCCGCAAGGGAGUUUGACCUGAGUGACAUGCCACCAGUAGCUCAUCAACCCUAUCAAACUCCAAGCACAAAAGAAGAAGAAGAAGAAUAUUCGUCAGCCCAAAGUGGUAGACCUGGUUCUGAGGCUGAGAAGGACAUGCCAGGUGACUUUGCUCCAUCCGAAAAUCCAAGCAGCGAAAGAAACGCUCGGGAUCAAUUGCCUCCUACGGGAAUGCAACAAAGAAUUCCUUCCCUGUACGAUUGCGAUGUAGAUUUACCAGACGUGACUCCAGAACUCCAAAAUCCGCAGCUUGAAGACUUGUUACUGUCUAUGAUGGCCUCAUAG